UUUGAUUAUGAAAGUCCGGUGUAAACUAAUGGUUGCAAGGCAAUUGUUUUGAAUCUGGACACAACUUGAAGAUAAAACGGUCAGAUAGUUUCACUCCUGAUUAAUUGCAUGGACAUUUUUGGUUUACACUCUUUGUACAGCUGUGUCUACCGUGUAAUUGCCCUCAUUUGUUGCCAGCUACUCGAAAUAUAGCAGGAAAUGUGUUAAAGCAUGGCCCACAUUCUUCUUACUGACCUGCUGGAUCACCUGGAGCACGAUGAGCUGAAGAGGUUCAGGUUUUAUCUUAUUGACCAAACUCUGGAGGGUUUCAAACCCAUUUCAAGAGGCCAUUUGCCUAAAUGUGAACACUAUGAUGUAACAUACAUUGUGGAGAAGAUGAUGGCAGCCUAUGGUGAUGAAAGAGCCCUGAAGAUGACAAUGCACAUCCUGGAGAAGAUCCCCCGCAAUGACCUGGUACAGACGAUGGAGCGUGAAAUGGAGAAGAGUGUUCAUCAGGAGAGAGCUGAGUCACCAACUCUGAGUUUUGUAUCAGCAAAGAGUCACCAAUCAAUGGAUAUGGAUGAGGAGGACGAGGAGUAUGAGGACAAGGUGGAGGACUCAGCUCAAAAAGAGAACAACAAUUUGAAGCAUCUCCAGCUAUGUACCACCAGUCCUAUGACUGACCAGAAUAAACAGUCAGUGAAUUCAAGCAGCAUAGACCCAAGUGAUGGAGACCAACCCAGGAAUGAAAGGCCAGAAGAGAUGCUCUGUGAUGUCUGUGAGGUCAAAGCUGUGAAGUCCUGUCUGACCUGCAACCUGUACUACUGUGAGACCCACGUUAGGAAACACUACACAGUACCUAAACUACUGAGACACACCCUAGUGGAUGUGACUGGAGACCUGGAGGAGAGACUGUGUCAGGAACACAACAGAGCUCUGGAGGUGUUCUGCAGGACAGACAAGGUGCUUAUCUGCAGCCUGUGUUCAGUGACAAAGCAUAAAGGACAUGAUACCAUCUAUGAUGAGAGAAAACCAGCUAGAAGACAGGUACCGGAUGAAGAACAAAACCAAAGUCUGACUUUAAUUGAAGUGCUGCCCCCUCCUGGUGACAUCCACUUCCUGUCGGUGACGUCAGACUCUGUGUCUUUGAGCUGGGGUUCUCCUGAGGGGGGUAAAGGACCACACCAGUUCAGAGUGACCUGGAGGUGCGACGGGGAACUCAGCCGCCUAAGCGUUAAAGCUGUGCUUAAUGUUAAAAUAAAGGACCUCAAACCUGGUAAAAGGUAUGAGUUCAGCGUGGCAACAGAGGGUGAUAAUGAAAAUCUAAGCAGAUCGGUCUCAGCGUCUAAAUCAACAGUGGUCCCACCACCGAGGGACUUAGGAAUUGACCAUUCAGAGAUCUACUGGAUUAUCCACUGGUCCAAGGCUCACAGAAUGGAGCAAACACCUCAGUGCUUCCUCAUAUCUUACAGCAGCCCAGGAACAGAGCCCAAAGCAAUACAUAUUGAAGACUGCCAUAUGAGACUCUCUGACCUGCGACCUGGCACUCAAUACACUGUCAGUGUCUCAACUGUGCUGAACAAUGGGGAACAGAGUGAACCUAUCUCUAAAACAAUCUGUACAAAGCUCAGUCUGAAAUCAUACAUUCAGAAAGUGGGACUGACCGACCAUUGUAUGAAGAAACUGUCAGUGAAAACCAUGCUGGCACUUGAUGACCAAGUGCUAGAAGAUGCUCCAACUCCUCAAUCCUCACCUUUGUGUUUACUGAAGAAACUGUUGAGAAUGAACGUGUCUGCAAGGAAUGUGAAAUUCUUCUUUCCAGGGGAAGAAGGUCAUAUAAUUGUAAACCCCCUAGACCUUAUCACAGCCCUGUUUCUGUGCUCAGAUGGUUUCCUGCAGCAGGACAUGGUCAAAAAAAUGUCCAUGUGUCAGUUUGCUGUUCCUCUGCUGCUGCCCAACUGUGAUACAGAACAAAGCACUUUGAUGCUGUGGGCCUUGAGAGACAUAGUGAAGAAGUUUAGACCGUCUUCACAAGUAGACACAAAGUCCUUCAUGGAGGAGAGAGUUGUGGAUUCUGAUAUUCCUAUGGUGUCCUUUGUUAGGUUAGGAGAGAGUAGCUUGUCCAAGUCUCAGAUUUUGAAUAAGUUGCUUAGUAACCCUCAACAGUACGCUGACACAUUUGUUCAUCGUGAAAUGGAAUGCGGUAAUGUCCCUCGUAGAAUUUCAGAUGGUCUGGUUGAAAUCAGCUGGUACUUUCCAUGUGGGAACAGAAACAUAGACAUGUUCACAGAGCCUGUGGCGGUGGCCAAUCUCAGAGGAGACAUCAGGUCCUUUGAAACACAGUUCUCCUUUCUGUGUCAAACAUCAGCUGCAGUUUACAUUUUCACUGAUGAUUUCGAGUCAGAUAUGAAGGUGUUGAAAACCAAAGACACAAAGGCAGAGUUAUUUCUGGUUGUCAGCUUGCAGAGCAAAACAUUCACAGAAAACACAUUGAGAAAAUUCACCACAGAAUUCAGUAUCAAGCCAAAAAAUGUGAUUGUUAAGGGAAAUAAAAAUGAUGCAGAAUUGGUAAAAACAUUACAGUCAUCUGUCUGUGACAUCAUUGAAAUGAGUCCAAACAGAUUGACUAUUGAAAACAUGGCUGAAGUAGCUCGUCAGAGUGGGAUUCUGGUUGAUGAAGACAAUGAUGAGUGUCAGAGUGCCAAGAAGAUGGCAGAUGAAAUCACCAGCAACAUAAAAGACACAAUUAAAUUCAAAGACAAACAGCUACCCUUACAAGGGCAAAUCUGGAAAGAGCUUUCCCAGUUGGAUAAAGAGAGAUGUAGACUGAGAAAAGCAGGGAGUCAAGACAUUGAACACUACAAGAGCUCUCUGAAGAAAAAGGAGAAAGAGCUGAGAGAGGAGCAACAAAGAUUUGAUAUGACAGAAGCAAUGACAAACUUCAUAACUGGCAUGUCAAGUUCAAAAGCGGAGCGAUCUUAUUUCCUCAAAUGGAUGCAGAUUAAUCUGGACAAUCUCUCUCGGCAGAACUUGUCUGGUUUACGGGAGCAGUACAAAGAGCAUUGUCAAAAUCAUCCAGAGAAAAAAGACAUUGCAGAUUUGGAUAGGCAAAUGUCUGAUUGCUCCUUGGGACUUGAACAUUUCCUGCGUGAGUUGGGCCAGUUAUAUGAAGCUGCCUGCUCCCUCCCUGAAGACAGUCCUCAAAGGAAACAGAUGGAGCAUCUCCCUGGAUUGUGUGCUCAGAUGCUGUUGGAUGGUUUCCCCAUUGAGCUUGUGGAUGGAGAUGCAUCAAAUAUCCCUCUGAAAUGGAUAUCAGCUGUACUGACUCAGCUUCAUACUCUUGUGAAAUACAACAGUAAGAUCCGUGUUGUGACAGUUUUAGGGGUCCAAAGCACUGGAAAGUCUACUCUCCUCAACACCAUGUUUGGGGUCCAGUUUGCCGUCAGCAGUGGAAGAUGCACCAGAGGCGCCUUCAUGCAACUUAUAACCGUCAACAAAGACCUCAAGGAGGAGCUGAAAUGUGACUUCAUCAUGGUCAUUGACACAGAGGGGUUGAAAUCACCAGAGCUGGCUCAACUAGAUGAUAGCCAUGAACAUGACAAUGAAUUGGCAACACUGGUGAUUGGACUAAGUGAUGUCACUAUCAUCAACAUGGCCAUGGAGAACUCCACAGAAAUGAAAGACAUUCUACAGAUUGUGGUUCAUGCUUUUAUCAGGAUGAAGGAAGUGGGGAAGAAGCCAGUGUGUCAUUUUGUGCACCAGAAUGUGUCAGACAUGUCUGCUCAUGACAACAACAUGAGGGACAGGAAGACGUUGUUGGAACAGUUGAAUGAAAUGACCCAAGCAGCAGCUAGAAUGGAGAAGGAGAAUAUCACCAAGUUCACUGACUUAAUGGAGUAUGACCCACACACAAGCAGCUGCUACAUCCCAGGACUCUGGCAUGGGACUCCCCCUAUGGCUCCAGUCAAUGCUGGCUACAGUGAGGCGGUGUACGAUCUCAAAAAGAGCUUGAUGCAAGACUUCGUAAAAUGUCCGAAAAAUUACGACCUGACACAUUUCCUGCAGUGGACACAAAGCUUGUGGGAGGCAGUGAAAUUUGAGAACUUCAUCUUCAGUUUCAGAAACAGCUUGGUUGCAGAUGCAUACUCUAGAUUAUGCUCUGAGUACAAUGGUUGGGAAUGGGCCUUCCAGAAGGCGAUGUAUAAAUGGAUGGUGAGUGCUGAAACAAACAUUUCCAAUUUUGGCAUGACAGAUCAAAAUCCUCAGAGGUCCAUAAGAGAUGUGCUAAGUGAAUUGAUGAUGGAGGCAUCUGAGAAGCUUUCAGAGGGAGAAAAGGAAAUUCAAGACAAUCUAGUAAAAUUAUUUGAAAAGCAAGAUGGCCAUGUCAAUCUGGUGGAAAAAUACAAGGAGGACUUUGUGUCCAGUGCCAAAACACUGAGACGAGAGACAGAAAACACUGUGAAGAACAAACUGCAAGGAGCUGUUGAAAUCAAAGAGGGAAUAACAGAACUGAACAACAUCAAGAGUUCUCAGACAAAAACAAUGGAAAAACAGGUCCUGGCUCUGCUGCAGAACUGUAGAAAAAAAGAAUCAGUUCUAUCAGAUGAGGCCCUCAGUGAAGAGUUUGAAAACAUGUGGAGGAACACUCUGUCUGAAAUCCAAUUCAAAGGACUCCCAAGAAGAGAUGUGGCUCAAGACACCUUCCUCAUGUUACGUGAUAAUCUGUUAACAAGGGGGAGUCAUGCCAACAAGAUGUUGGUUGGAACCAGACUGGUGGAUUGUGGGAAAAAAGCCUUUGUAGUGGUUUCGGUAAAGAAACGUAGGAGCUUAGUCAAGUACUAUGAUCUCAACCAUCACAGGAAGAAACUACAAGAGUUGUGUGAUGACAUCAUAACACAGUGUCAGGAGUUUAUAACCCAGCAGGUGAAAAGCAAAGAAGAUUACCAUGACACUUACAUCAAAGAGCUGCUGAUAAUGAUUGAUGUAGCACUGCAACAAAACAACAAAUGUAAAGUCUGUGAAGAAUGUGAGGUUUCCCUCAAACUACACAUCUGUGGCAUAGCAGCAAGAGAAUUUCAAAAUAGCCAUGAUCAUUUCUUUGCCGUCAAUGAUCCAAGGAAGUGUCUGGAACAGUCUAAGAACAAGUACCUUACAGAGUUCAAAGACUUGUUUCGGAACCGAGACCAGUGCCAAAAAAAAGCAGAGGAGUUCACAAAGCUGUGUUUACAACCAGCUGUACAGGACUAUGUGACCAAAUUGAUUGGUCCUGAUGUGGUUGAUGAAGUGAAGACCGGUAAAGGGUCAGAGGAUUACAGCACCCGAGGAGCUUUCCAGUUCGCCAUUCUGAAACAACUCCUGACUGAUGGAGAAUAUGAGAAAUACAGAGAAUACAUUAACCAUUAUGAAAUGUUUGUGAAGGACUGGCUGUUUGACCAGAUUGUCAAACAGCUCUCAAAGGAUAGCAGUUUAAAGACAUUGGAGAAUAAACAUCUAACAGAGAUAGUCAAGAUAAUCACUAACUCAAUUUCUAUCAUCAGAAAUACAUCUAGCCCUGCAAAUGAUAUCAAGACUUUCAUUCAGAACAUCUGCAGUAACCUUGUAGAGAAGCUUGUCUUUCCAAAGGAUGCUCUGAAUUUGAUCUUGAUUCUGAACACUGCAGACACAGAACAGUUUGCUGGCUACCUCACAGAGUUUGUGGGAGAAAUGGAGAAGUCACUAGAAGCUGAGUAUGAUCGGAGGACUGAUAUCAGAGAGAGGCUCAGAUCUCUGCCAUUCAAGCCUCAGGACAAGAUGUUCACCAGCCUGUUUGGCUGUGGGGAGGUAUGUCCCUUCUGCUGUGCACCCUGUGAAGCAGGAGGUAAGGAGCAUACCAAACACUUCACCUCCAUUCACCGUCCACAAGGUGUCAGUGGUUUGGAGUGUUCAGAGACAACAGUGUUAGUGACUGACAUAUGUUCCUCUGAUGUGAUUAGUGAAAACACUUUCCAGACCACCCUGACAGGAGACAAACCUCACCCAUACAAGGACUACCAGAAAUAUUACCCUGACUGGAUCAUAAUGGGAGAUUCCAGCAUCAAGGCUUCAGACUACUGGAAGUAUGUGAUGGCCAAAUUCAAUGCAAGAAUAGCUAAGGACAAAGGGUCAGUUCCCGCUCAUAUCCCAGAGGACUGGAAGGCAUUAACAGCUGAUGAUGCAAUGAAGAGCUUGACAUCGUCAUUCAGCUUAAAAUAAAGUGGAGAACUUUAACAAGCCUAUUGUCAACCCAAAAUACAAUUGUUCAUUCAAAGAUUUCAGACAUGGCAUGAUGUAACUCACCUUGUAUGUAUAUGAUAAAAUAUCUUAAUUCCAAUAUACAGUAAUUUCACCAAGAACAAUAAGCAUAGCUCAGAAGGGUCAGGCCAAACAUGGUGUUUGGUGGUCAAACAUUUACCAUCCACACGCCUUGAUUGGUUUGUUUAAGGAAGACACUGUUCAAAGCAGUUCAUUGAAUGUACCAUCUGUCACAAUUAUAGAAGGCUGCAAGCAUAGUGGCAUCAACAACAAAAAAAUGGAGGAUAACUUGAAGGAAAUUGACCAUCCAAAAAACACCUAUAACACAUAUUUUUCAACUGUGCUGUGAUGUUUCACAAAAGUUCUGAACCGUUCUAUUCUCAUAGAUUCUACGUAAUGUAAAUUAAAAAUAAACAUUUUUGCUAAGAGUAUUAUUAAUCGAUUGACUAUGACUUUUUAAAUUACCCAGCAGUGCUAUUUGCAGAGGGGGACAUAACUUGGCAGGGGGUCUGGGGGUCCUUCCAUAUUUGGGGUCAUCUAAUUCACAUUUCUCAUAUUUCUCAUACAAUCUAAUAUGACCCAUGGCCUAGAAAUAGGCCUAAAUAUUGAUCACCCAUAUUUCACAGUCAGAAAAUCUUCUCACUCCUAAAAGGUAGGCUAUAAAAAAUAUCUCAAGAGAAAGUGCAAGUCUCUCCAACUCUGCUCUCUUCAAACUACAUCUAGCAUAUUGGCUGAUAUAGCCCUGUAAUACAAUGUAAGGGGUAUGUCAGAAUCUCUGGUAAUUUAACCUAUUUCUUAAGUUAUUUUUGUGCAUUUGAUAUUGCCUAUAGGGCACAAAAUUGCUGGGACCAUGUCUGGCAAGUGAGCUGCGUCACAUACGCCUAAAAUUGUGUAGCGACCCGCACAGACAACUGUGUGUUAUGUGUUAGGCUAUUAGUGGGUUGUGUUGUACUUACCAGUGUUCGCGGGGUCCGACAUGAGUGAUGGCGGCUGAAACGGGCAUGAGUGCUUCGUUGACUGUGCUUCGCGCAGAUUCUGGUGGGCGGACAGAAGGGGUGACGUUGACGCGGCGGGACAAGGAAUCUGGGGCUUAGGAUGUAAACAAACAUGGCGGCGCACCGGCUCCCGGCGGCAUCCGUAUCUGUUAAGACCCCGAAGUAUUCCGGUAAGGCGGAUUGGGAAGCUUUUCAUGCUCAGUUUGAACUGUUAGCUCAUUUUAGGGGGCGGUCGAAUGAAGAAAGGGCACUGCAGUUGGCUGGGCUACUGCGCUCCGAACUGAGUAAUAGACGCAGGCAGCCUGGAGAGCCUCUACGGGUGCUAGCUAAUGACAUUGAGAGCCUCUUUCAGCGGGCAUAUGCUCACACAUAUGCUCACACAUAUGCCCCCCCUCCGUGCAGAGCGAGCUAGCACGGGACCAGCCAGGCCAGUGUGGCCAGCCAGGCCAUCUGCGCCGAAAUUGCCCCAUGCCCCCCAGAGCUCAGGGAAACGGCUCAUGGUCCACAUAGACCGGGUAGUGCGGACCCCUGGUUUUCUAUCCCAACCACCAUCUUCUUCAGGAGGAGCCCACCGGCACAGAUGGAGAAGCAAGGCUCCACUUCCCCCAGAAGCAGACGAGGGCAAGCGGAUGGAGCCUGUUGUUGUGGUGGGCUGGACCUGUGUUGGGGACUUUUGUCAUGUCCCUGUCACCAUAGAGGGGGUGCCCUGCUCUGCCCUGGUGGACACUGGGUCCACAGUAACCCUGGUGAGGCCAGAUAUUGUGCCAGGUUGGACUCAGUGUGAGCCCACAACUGUGCAGCUCCGCACAGUCACAGGUGAGCUGGCACCCAUGAAAGGGAAGGGAUUAAUGACUCUGACAGUAGGGGGCAGGUCUGUGCGUCAUCCUGUGUGGGUGGCGGCUGUGCAGGACCCUUGUAUACUGGGGUUGGACUUUCUUAGGAGCACAGGCUGCCAGUUAGACCUAAAUGGGGGCACACUGAGCUUCCAGGGAGGGCCAGCAGUCACCAUGGCCCCCCCCUAAUGUCACAUUCACUCAACCCAACAAACCCUUUACUCCAACAGUUAAAGCAGCAGAGACUCAUGGCUGCCCCCCUCCCCCACAUCUGUCUGUGACUUUUCCCCAGCCCCCUGUCACCUACGGCUGUGUGUUACAUUCCCCCAGCUACCUCCACGACACAGCCCUCUGUGAGUGAGCCCGGGCCGCACCCCCCCAGCCCAGCUACCCCAGAUGGGAGGGGAGAGGACACUGUCUGCAGUGAGGGAGAUAUGGGGGAGGAACUGUGUUGGUCUUGACCCCGAGCAGCAGGGACGAUUGUGGCAGUUGCUGUUUGAAUUCAGAGACAGCUUUGCGCUGAGUGAGGAAGAGGUGGGUUAGACUCAUCUGGUGCAGCAUGAGAUCGACACAGGUGAUGCUGGACCCAUCAAGAUUGGUCCCCGCCGUAUCCCGCUGGCUCGCCAGGAGGCGGCUGACAAGGAUGUGUUGGAGAUGCAGCGGGCAGACUUCAUCGAGCCCUCAGACACCCCCUGGGCGGCGCCAGUCGUCAUGGUUCCGAAGAAGGGGAGCAAGCUGAGGUUCUGUGCGGACUACAGGCGGCUGAAUGAGGUAACCAGGAAGGACUCAUACCACGUAUCGAUGAGUCGCUGGACCUGGUUAGGGUGUCCUCCUGGUUCUCCUCACUAGACCUCCGCAGUGGCUACUGGCAGGUACCCCUCUCCCCAGAGGCCAGAGCCAAAACUGCAUUCUCCACUAACAGAGGACACUGGCAGUUCAAGGUCCUGUGCUUCGGCCUGUGCAACGCUCCAGCUACUUUUGAGCGUUUGAUGGACAGGGUGCUGGAUGGCAUCCCCCGACAGCAGUGUCUGGUAUACCUCGAUGACAUCCUGGCACAUGGCAGCUCCUUCCAGUCAGCCCUGGGGGCGCUACGGCGUAUGCUGGAAAGGGUGGCUGCCGCAGGUCUGAAGCUCCACCCCAAGAAGUGCCACUUCAUGAGGAGAGAGGUGUCCUUCUUGGGCCACCGAGUGGGGAAGGAGGGGAUCAGCACCAUGGAGGACAAGGUGGGGGCUGUCUGAGACUGGCCCACCCCCACCGAUCAGCGUCAGCUGAAGAGCUUCCUGGGCCUGGCCUCGUAUUACAGGAGGUUUGUACGGGGCUUCUCAAGCGUCGCUGCUCCCCUGAACCGCCUGCUGCCGAAGGACAAGGCCUUCACUUGGACAGUGGAGUGUGAGGAGGCGUUCAACACCCUCAAACUUGCACUGAUCGAGGCCCCCCCUGACCUCACCUUGCCCUUUAUCCUGGACACAGACGGGAGCGAUGUGGGCAUGGGUGGGGUGCUGGCCCAGGUGGGGCCAGAGGGGGAGAGAGUGGUGGCGUACUUCAGCAAAACAUUUGACAAACAUGAGCGCCGCUACUGUGUCACACGGCGGGAGCUCCUGGCUGUUGUGUCUUCCAUCAAACACUUCAAGUACUACCUGGGUGGCCUGCCCUUUACUGUAGUGACUGAUCACUCUGCUCUCCAUAGGCUCAUGUCUUUCAGAGAGCCAGAGGGGCAGGUGGCACGCUGGUUGGAGGAGUUUCAGCCGUAUGACUUCACAGUCGUGCACAGGGCAGGGCACGCCACUCCAACGCCGACGCCAUGUCCUGCCGGCCCUGUACUGCAGACGGCUGCCGCCACUGUGAGCGGAGAGAGGGGCGGGAGAGAAAGCUGUGUGCAGAGGAGGGGGUCUGUGCCACAGUGUGUCAGGCGAGCGGCCUGUCUGCUGUGAGCUGCAGACUGUUGAUGUGGCUGAAUGGAGGCAGCAGCAGGGACAGGACACAGACCUACAGCCAGUGCUACAGUGGGUAGAGGCGCAGGUGAGACCACCAUGGGAAGAGGUGACAGCGCUCUCACUCGUGACCAAAGGGUUGUGGUCAAAGUUUGAGAGACUGCGGCUGGCUGAUGUUGUGCUACAGCGGGCAUGGAAGGAGUCAGCUACGGGAGAGGAGAGGUGGCAGGUGGUGGUCCCAAAAGCAUUGCGGGAGGCUGUGCUCCAGAGUAAUCAUGGGGGGUCUGGGACUGGACACUUUGGGGUCACAAAAACUCCGCCGCCUCCAUCAGGGCUUUUAUUGGGGGCAGCACAAGAGGGAUGUGGGGGACAUUUGUCACCACUGUGACAACUGCACAGUGAGAAAGGGCCCCCCAGGCCGCUCUCAUGCUCGGCUCCAACAGUUCCCAGUGGGGGCUUCCAUGGAGAGGGUGGGAGUGGAUGUAGUCGGGCCGUUCCCCACCACAGACAGUGGAAACCGCUGGGUGCUCACGGCCAUGGACUAUUUCACAAAAUGGCCUAUGCUCUGCCUGACCAGGAGGCAAAGACCAUCGUUGACGCCCUGACAGCGGGGAUGUUCAGCAAGUUUGGAGCUGCAGAGUCCAUCCACAGCGACCAAGGCAGAAACUUUGAGUCCUGUGUGUUCGCCACCAUGUGUGAGAGGCUGGGUAUGCACAAGACCCGCACUACUCCUCUCCAUCCUCAAAGGGAUGGCCUUUUGGAGCGCUUCAACAAAUCGCUUGGACAGCAGCUGGCCAUUUGGGAGAAAUUAUGUACAUAUAUGGAAGAUCAUAAAUAAUGUAACACUUAUAGAGUACAUUUGCCAUUCUGGUAAAAGGCAUUGUCUAUUGUAUAGGACAGGAAGCCAGAGUGGGGCCAUGGGAGAGGGCCCCACGUUGGGCGCCAGGAUAGCUGGACAUACAAAGGUCAGAGGGAUAUACAAAGGAGGGGGUCAGCCAAAUGACCAACUGAUGGAUUAUAGACAUGACUCACAUAUUCUUAGGACAUGAAGAUGCUGAAGGAAUGACAGGGGAGACCCACAGUCUGCUGAUCCAAGAUAAAGACACACAUUGAGCUAAGUGCAGGGACAAAGCAAGCCUAUAGCAUAGAGGAAUGUAUAGUAUUUUUAGUAUAGCUGAGCACGCUAAAAACAGAGGAGACACAUAGUUGCUGACCCUAGAUAACACACAAACAGGAGAACGCAUUAAGCUGAGUGAAGGGACAAAGCAAGGGUCUUGUCAUCAUUAGGAUCUAAUGGAAAGCAGAUGUGGGCGUUAUUGGGCUGAACAAGCAGGAUGCACGGAUUGGGAUGUAACUUCAUUUGCAUAUGGGAGGGGCUUAUAUGGUAUGUGUAUAACUCAGAGCGAGUGCUCUGAAAAAGUGUGUGUGUUCCGCGGACCACUCCGGCUUGCGAUAUCUUUUUAUUAAAAGCCUAUUGAUUUUCACAAAGUUCUUGAUUGCGUCAUAUUUGAACCAAUUUUCCACGACAGCCAUCGUCUCUGCCAAACACCAGCGUGACUGGGACAAGCACCUGCCUAUGGUCCUCAUGGCAUGCCGCACCGCUGUCCAAGACUCCACCUCCUGCAUGCCUACCCUCCUCAUGCUGGGGAGAGAGAUCCGCACCCCUGCGGAGAUGGCGUUUGGUCGGCCCCUGGAUAGCCCUCAUGUUCCCCCGGGGCCGGAGUAUGCCCGGAGACUCCAGGACCGCCUGGAGACAGCCCACACCUUCGAGAGCAGCUGGUGAAUGCAGGUGUGAGGCAGAAGAGGAACUAUGACGUGCACACCCGGGGAAGGCACUUUGUGGCUGGGGAGCUGGUCUGGGUCUACAGCCCCCUAAGAAAAAAAGGCAGAUGCCCCAAGUUGGACAGUCACUGGGUGGGACCCUGCAGUGUCCUGGAGAGGGGAGGUUGUUUACCGGGUGCAGCUUCCUCCCAGGGGGAGAAAGGUGACACUGCACCGGGACAGGUUAGCCCCAUACAGAGGGGCCUCUUCUUACCAAACCCCAGGGACCCCCAAUGACAUUCUCCAGGCACCCACCCCCAGGUGCCGCAGACAAGGCUCCAAACAGCCCACUCCCCCUGUGUCACCGCGUGGUUCCCCAGAGCCACGGACUGUAUUACCCGUUCCCACUCCCCCUGUCUCCCUCCCUGUGUCACCGCGUGGUUCCCCAGAGCCACGGACUGUAUUACCCGUUCCCGCUUCCUUGUCCCCCAUAUCCCUGCCUUCAUCCCCUGGUUCCCAGAGGGGCACUCUGCAACCAUCACGGCCACACAGGUAAAGGAGACCUCUGGGUCGCUUCAGAGACUUUGUUUGUUCCCUCAGGGACGAGGGACUUUGGUGGGGGUGGGGGGCUGUGUAGCGACCCGCACAGACAGCUGUGUGUUGUGUGUUAGGCUAGUAGGUGGUUGUGCUGUACUAACCAGUACCCAGUGUUCGCGGGGUCCGACAUGCCAAUCAACCUGCUAUCUGCCAAUCACGGGAAUGCCUGGAAUGUUCUGAUGCCGGGCAUCCUGGCGGUUGGCGGAAUGGCGUGGAGGGGGGUUGGGCAGGGGGAUGGAGCAUUGGAAGUUAAGACCAGGUUUAACCUUUGUUCUCUCUCUUACGUCUGGGCUUCACAAGAGGGUUAUCUCUCUGGGCUUGUGGGGUAUCUUUCUUUUAUUUGGCGUGGGCUACGGCCAAACAGUAGCCUGUGUAAAGUUGGUAAUAAACCGUCAAUUCGUAAACUCUA